AUGUGGAUCAGAUGUCUGCAGCUGGAGGAGGGCGAGCUGUGUGGCACGGCGGAGGAAACGGGCUGGAUGAACGCAGCCAGAGGAGGAAGAGGAGAGGCAGGAGGUCUGGGCUCGCUGCAGUACAGCCACAGCACUCCUGUGGACUGUAAGGUCCACUGCUCAGAGUUCAUGGAGUUUGCAGAAGUGGAGAACCUUCAUGAUUUUUACAGCUCAGAGGAGCGAAUCGUUCACACUCAGGACCAGAGAGGCUUCUACAUCAUGUACGACGCUGCUCUGAAGGACCUGGAGCUGCUGGAGGACGAGCUCCUUCUGCUCGGCUCACAUUUCAUCCGGAGAGACAGGAUGAAGAAAAUGGGAAAAGCAGAGAGAGCAGAUAUCCACAGCUGGGCCGGGACAGAUGUGGACCGUGUGGCGGUGCUGCUCGACUUGUGGACGUGUGAGACGGAGUUUUUGGAGAGCAAAGUGCAGCUCUUGAACUGUUACUUUGAGGCCUACCAGCAUGCAGCCGGGACUGAGGAGAGGUUUGCGUUGGCUGGAGUCAUCACUGACAUCAUGCACAGACGGCCACACCUGGACCUGGACCAGGAUUACUUUGUUCAGGUCUACAGAGCUGAGAUAAGCUGCCUGCAGAGCCACCAGCAGCUCAUCAGAGACAUUUUGGACAAUCAGAUUGAGAACCAGCGGCAGUACCUCCAACGCAUCUGGAGAGACGACCGCAAAGGCCCCGUUCAUGACUUUGGCCUUCCACCAAACUACGUUCCCAAACAUCUGGUCUCACUUGGAGGCAGCAGCCCUGCACUGAUGAACACAUUCCUCCUGGAGGUCCAUCCGUCCCUCUGCCUGGCUUCUGCAGUCUAUCACAGUUUAGUUGAGGCUCACACAGAGCUCUGUCAGCUGCACCGAGCCACGAGCAGCGCUGACAAACUCACGCUGCGACAGAAGCUCCUGCAGCAGGCCCUGCAGAGCUGGAACCACCUGGCUUCACCCGGAGCCUCCUACAGCUCUCAGAUACAGAAGGAUUUGUUCUCAGAUGUGUUUUUUGAAGACCCGAAUAUGGUCCAAAAUGUGGGGCUGUUGCUGGUGAGAUCUGCAGAGGAGAAGGACAUGACGCAGGGAAGAGAGAAACAGCUGUACGCGGUGGAGACGUUCUCCAAACUUCUGGAGCUCGUCACCAUCCGCCACCGUCUGCUGGAGUCGGCCUCAGAGACCGCACAUCUGGCUCAGUUGUACAGAAACGUGGCGUCUGAGCUCGGCUUUGACGAGUUCCACCUUUAUCUGCGACCAGUGCAGUUUGAGGUCGCUGAGCAGAAAGACAAAGCAGAGCAGAGGCCUGUUUUUAUCACAGCGAUACUGGAGGACGACAGCUCUGUGGACAGGUUCAACCCGUCUCACCUGCCGCUGAGCAUCCAGGAGCUGGAUGAGAACCAGAUCGGGAGGUUUAGUUUCAGCUCAGAGGAGGCAGUUAUUCAUCUCAUGAACAGACAGAGUACAGAAAACCUGCAGGUGUCUUUGGCCUGUCAGGUGACACAGAAGAACGCUUUGAUUAGUGCUGUGAAGCUGGUUUGUCUCUGUCACUGGACACAGAGUCAGACGUCUUCAGAUCAGAGUGAAGUCGCUCGUCAUUCUGAUAAAGAUGUCAAACUUGACUCCAAAUCUGGAGGCGACACUAACAACCUGCAGGAAAAAUCAAACUCUUCACCCUCCAGAGGCUCCACAAAAACUCCCACAAAGGAGAGGCUGAUGGAAGCUUUUGUGUCCAUCCAGCUGGAAAAAGUGGGUCUGCGUGACGAGAUGCUGAAUUCAUUUGUGAAGAAGAAACAGGCCGUGGGGGGUCUCAUAAAAACCCCAGAGGAAGCAGCAAAGAUCAAGAGGGGGCUCAUAAUCGACUUUCUCAAGAAAUUCAGCACACAGAUAUCUCAGUAUUGUGUGAGAGCACAGAUUCUCUCAUAUUACUACAGUCUGACGCUCCUUUUGGACGACUUCCCCUCCGUCCGUCAGGCUCACUUCAUGAUUGGUGAAGCCAGAAAGCCCAAAGACAUUUUGGAUUCAGGAGUGAACCUUUCUCCUGACCCCAGGAACUUUCAGCGUCGGCCGCAGCAGUUGUUGUCUGCAGACGGAAAAACCCUCCUCAACCUGUGGUACAUCCCCCACUUCUCUGAAGUAUUGCACGUGUUCAAAAAUAUUUCGGUGUGUCCUGCAGCUCUCCAUCACACUCUGCAGAUAGUUUCAGCUCUUCAUGACAUCAUUUAUUACCUGGUUAGUUUCUCCAGACUGGGAAACACUGAAAACUCCUGUAACGCAUCAGGCUCACUGUCAGCUGACUGGGGAGGCACUGAAGGCAUCGGUGCAGAGCUGCUGGAGAUCCAGCGUCAGGUCGACCGUCUGUCUGAUCCCAGCGGCCCGGAGUCUGUGGGCCGUCUGCUGCAGCUGCGCAGGCAGGUCCUCCUGCUGCAGUUUGACUCCGCAGUGAGACUCCUCAUCAGAGAGGUGUUCCUCUCCUCUGGUGACGUUGCUUCUUACCGGAGUGUGAGUGACAACAUGGCGUCCGCCCUCCCUCCGCUGAGCGACAGCAUCCAGACCGACGUCUUCAGUCUCAUGCUGCCUGUUCCUCCGCCACUGGACACUCACGGACAUCAGGCACAGAGGUUGUUUCCAUGGAGGAGUUUCAUGGCCUGUCAUGGAUCGUUCCCUCUGGAUGUUUGGGACGUCCCUCCCAUCGAAUACUGCAUGCAGCUGUGUGUGAGCGGUCUGAGCGACCGCAGCAGGCUGCAGGCCAACGCGGCGCUCCUCGGCGUGUCUCUGCUGCUGGAGGACGUCCUGAACAGUGGAGGAGAGGCUGAGCCUGUCCGUCUCCAUGGCAACAAGGAUGACCUUCUGCACGAUGGAAAACCUGAUGAAGAGGACGAAGAAGAAAAGAAAACGACUUGUGUGUCCACUCUGUCUCAGGAUCCAGUCAUCAGAGUUCAGUCCGUGCUGAAAGGUUUCCUCCUGCUGACGAAGCAGCUGCAGGUGUUUAAGGAGAGCUGGGCGCACAGACGUCUGGGAGCUCAAACGUUCAGGACGCCCAGUUUGUAUCAGCAGUUUGUGAAACUCUACAGAGCUGAAAUCUUUUACCCCAGUAUGAGAUCUCUGGCUCAACACAUGGGGACGGAGCGGGAUUAUGAGGUGUUAAUUUCUGGCAGCCAGUCUCUCCUUCCUCCUCCUGGAGCUUCAGAGGUUGAUGUCAAAGCCUGGCAGCUUCACAAACUGCUGGAGAGCACCGAGUGUGACAUGAUCCGAGCGGUGCAGAGGAGGAUUACCAGAGAGCUGACGCUGGUGGUUUCAGAGAGAACUCGACAGGACACACGCCUCCCUACAGAGCUGUGGAAGAAAGCCCCGCUGAAGUACAGUUUGUCCCCUGAGCGGCCGCAGAUUGUGGAGACGUUCAUCCAGCAGCUGAUGGACGGAGCUGAAGAGGCAGAGGGACAGCUGAGAGUGUCUCAGGAUCGCCUCCAGCAGAGUCUCACUCACCUCGGCUGUUCUCUGAUGGAGCGAGAGCGCAGCAGCUUCCUGCUCUACUCGCAGUUUUACGAACAAAUCCUGCAGCAGGAGACUCGGCUGCUGCACCAGAGAGAACAGGAUUUAAGGAAUCUCACGGACUCUCAGAGAUGUGACUCUCACAAAGAGGGGGCUGUGGCUGUGUGUCGUGGGAUGAUGUUGGAGAUCUCAGCGCUGCAGGCAAAAGUCGCUCACCUGGAAGAAGAGAAAACGACUCUAGAGGAGCAGCUCAGCCUCAAAUUCAAAGAAAGAUACGACCCUUUGGUGCGACAUCUCUUCUCUACCUGCAUCCAGCUGAAGGCCAGACUGGAUGAGUACCGCCAGCAGAUGGAGCAGGAUGUGAGCGAGAUGGUGAGCAGGAUACGAGGCGAGGGAGUGGACCGAAUCAUGGCGCUCAAGAAGAAUUACGGCUGCAACAAGGACGGUGAUGGACUCGCACUCACCCAGUUAAAGAAAGAAGAAGUCCACGAGUUGAGCCUGGAGAACAGCCGGCUGACUGCUCUGCUCUGUAAACAGAAAGCUCUGAGCCGCUGGAGACAGGCGGUCGACCAGGAGAAACUGCACCGACGGCUGCUUCAAACUCAGCAGAGGGAGGUCAGCUGUCGCAGCGAGGUCCUCCGGGUGAAGAUGACAUCGGAGGAGGAGGUGGUGGUCCUGCAGGAGGAGCUGGAGGCCGCGAGGAAGGUGUUGAGCAGCUGUCAGGCCGAGUGCAGCAGCACAAAGAAGCUGCUCAGCAGGAAGACAGAGGAGCUCCAGGUGGCCCGGCAUCAGUCUGCUCAGGAGGCCCGCAGCAGGCAGGAGCUGGACAGCUACCGAGUGCAGAGCCUGGAACAAAUGAGAGAGGACAUGGAGGACAGAGAGAGACAGUUCAGGAAGCUCAGCGAGCAGCUGGACAGAGACGGCAGGAUGAACCAGUUACACCGACAGCGCAGCGCCAAACAGAUCCGACAGGUGAGGGGUCAGCUUCAACAGGAGCUCAGCAUCAAACAAGAAGCCUUUCAGCGGGUGGACAAACUGCAGAACCAGGUGAACGACAUGGAAGCAGCUUUCUCCAGAUGCACCUCUACGACAGGUACACAUCAACUACGAUAG